GAUGAAAAUAUUUCCUGUACGAAAUUAGCUGAGAAACCUGAUAUUCGGAGAUCAACGUUGACGCGGAGGCAACAGGGCGUUCACGCGUCAUGUGCAGACGAAAGACUCAACAGGCGCGUCAUGCAUCCACGCGAUAAGGGAGAGCUUGUAGAGUAUAUACAGAAACUUACAGAGCAAUACUGA